AGGUUUCUGCUCUCCACCAUUCGCCAGCCACCCCCCGUCCCUCCCGUUCCCCCCACCCAUGGCCAGGAAGGUCGCGCAGCGCAGGCCGGCGGCGCCUCCCGCGCCGCCCGCGGCGAAGAAGGUGGUCAAGGUCCCCUCGAGGACGGCCAAGAGGGCGGCUCCGAAGAAGCAGAAGCUUCCCGAGCCCUCCUCCGACGACGACUCCGAGGCGGAGCAGCAGCCGCUCCACGAGGAGGAGGAGGAGGAUUCAGACGUCGAGGCCCCCUCCGACUCCGACGCCGAGGAGCUCUCUGGCUCGGACGCCGGUAGCAGCGAGGAAGAGGAGGACGAGGAAGAGGAGGAGGACGACGACCCCCUCGCCGGCGACUUCCUUGCCGGCAGUGACGACGGCAGUGACGAGGGGGGCGACUCUGGAGAGGAAUCAGAUGGGUCUGAUGACUUAGUGGCAAAGUCAGAAGCUCUUGAUCGACAGAAGGAGCAGGCUGAAGAAGAUGCAGCUGCGGACCUUGCACUCAACAUAAGAUCAGAAUCUGAUGAAUUCCGGUUGCCCACCAAGGAGGAGCUGGAAGAAGAGGCACUUGGUCCACCUAACCUGCCAAAUCUUAAAAGGAGGAUCUCAGAAAUUGUACGGGUACUCUCAAACUUUAGCAAGCUGAGGCAAGAAAAUGUUGCCAGAAAAGAUUAUGUCGAUCAGUUCAAGACGGACGUGAUGGCAUACUAUGGAUACAAUGAAUUUCUCAUUGAAGCAUUUGUUGAGAUGUUCCCAGCUGUUGAGGUUGUCGAGCUACUUGAAUCAUUUGAAAAAAGACCCCCUGAGUGCUUGCGUACAAAUACACUAAAGACCCGUAGGAGGGAUCUUGCUGCUGCUCUUAUUCCUAGAGGGUUUAAUCUGGAUCCGAUUGGAAAAUGGUCAAAGGUAGGAUUAGUUGUAUACGACUCCACUGUUUCGUCUGGCGCCACUGUUGAAUAUAUGGCAGGACAUUACAUGAAACAAGGCGCAAGUUCCUUUUUGCCAGUGAUGGCUCUUGCUCCGCAGGAAAAGGAGCGAAUAGUUGAUAUGGCAGCUGCCCCAGGUGGCAAGACCACAUACAUUGGAGCUCUGAUGAAAAAUACUGGAAUAAUCUAUGCAAAUGAGCUUAACGAGAAAAGGUUGCAUGGACUGUUGGGCAACAUACAUCGCCUGGGUGUGACAAAUACCAUAGUUUGUAAUUAUGACGGUAAAGAGCUCCCCAAAGUACUUGGAAUGAACUCAGUUGACAGAGUACUGUUGGAUGCACCCUGCACAGGCACCGGAACCGUUUGGAAAGAUGCACAAAUAAAAACAUCUAAGGACAUCGAUGACAUCAGGAAUUGUGCUUUCGUACAAAAGCAAUUGCUUCUGGCUGCUAUUGAUUUGGUUGACGCCAACUCCAAAACUGGUGGUUACAUUGUUUACUCUACUUGUUCGAUGAUGAUUCCAGAAAAUGAAGCAGUCAUCGACUAUGCCCUUAAAAAGAGAGAUGUAAAGGUUGUUCCUUGUGGAUUAGAUUUUGGACGCCCAGGAUUCAUCCGGUUCCGGGAGCAUCGCUUCCAUACGUCUUUAGACAAAACAAGGAGGUUUUAUCCUCAUGUCAACAACAUGGAUGGCUUUUUCGUAGCUAAGCUGAAGAAGUUGAGCAACACAAUUCCAGCCUCGUCCGAGUCAUCUAAAGAGCCCGAAGAAGCAGUGGAGGGCGUUGUUGAUCCAAACCAUGAUGAGGAAGAUGAGAAAGAUGUUCCUGAUGGGCAAUCCACUAAAUCGAAGAAUCAUAAACAGGGAAAGAAGAAAAAUGAACAAGCAAGCAUCCCUGAAGGGGGGGAGGGGGACCAGAGUCAGGCACCUGAAAGACCAGCAAAGCACCUCAAGAGCAACAAAGGCGUGAAGAAAAGUAGUGGCCCUAAAAGUGCUGAAAUGAACGGAGAUAAGAAAGAAACACGCGAUGAACAAACAGAGCAUGUCAAGAGUCAGAAGGGUUCCAAGAAAAGUAAAGGCCCUAAAAAUGCUGAAAUGGAUGUAGAUGAGAAAGAAACACCCAGUGAGCAAACAGAGGAUGUCAAAAGCCACAAGGGUGCGAAGAGAAGUAAUGGACCUAAAAGGGCUGGAAUAAAUGGAGAGAAGAAAGAUGUGGCCGAGGAGCAAACAGAGCAGACCAGCCACAAAAAGAAGGAUGUGUCUGAUAAAAUUAAGAAGUCUGGUUCCAAGAGCACCUCAGGGACCAAAGAGAAGAAACCGGUGUCCAAGGAAGGAAGCAAGAAGAGGAAAAGGAAAUGGCAAUUCAAGCUGAGGCGGGACUGGGAGGCAAAACAGAAGUCCGAGAAGAGGACGAAGGUAUGAAAAUUGGUGGUUCAAGAGAGCCACAUUAAUUAGCCUUAGAAGAGGAGAUUUAAAGUGAAACUUUGAUGUGCUAUGUAUGAAGAAAUGUAAAAGGAACGACUGUACACUCGAUUUUGGUCUACGGUACAAGUUUGUGGUGAAGCGAAAUUUUGUUGUACGCUGGAGGUGAUUGUCUAAUCUAAACACUAUCAUAUUUUUGUUUCUGUAUUGGUUUAGAGAAUAUGAUCAGUCAUUGUAGUUUUUCUCA